GAGCAGCACAGGAGCAGAGAGUCAGAGAGAGAGCUGUGCGGCUUAUUCCAUCUGAGGAGCAGGGUGAGCAGCACAGGAGCAGAGAGAGAGAGCUGUGCGGCUUAUUCCAUCUGAGGAACAGGGUGAGCAGCACAGGAGCAGAGAGCCAGAGAGAGAGAGCUGUGCGGCUUAUUCCAUCUGAGGAGCAGGGUGAGCAGCGCUGGGUCCGUCCCGCAGUGGCCCCUGAGCAGCGCGGAGUGACGGGCAGAAGUCGCUGUUCCCGGCUGUGUGGGCGUGUGUGGGGGCGGGGGUCUGUAUAUAGUAUAUGGAGUCAGCCCAUUCAGCUUGUUCUGCCUUCUCAGCAUGACUGACCAGCUGAAAGAGGAGACCUGUGCGCUGCUGGGGGAAUAUCUCCAACACUGUGCCAGCCCCCAGGAUGAGAAGGCACUCAGCCCUGCGGUACAGACCCUGCACAGGGUGGUGCAGGAGCUACUGGAGCCUAAUCGCUCGCCUAUUGAAAGUCGCUGCGACCAGAUCACUGCAGAACCUGGGACCAUUCUACGGACUGUAGCAGAACAGUUGCCUUUAGAUGGAGGACUUAACUGCGGCCGAGCGGUGGCCCUGAUUGGGUUUGCCGGGUUUCUGACACAACAGAGAGGGGAGCGCAAGGCUGGGACCCCCAAGGAGCUGGCCGAGGUGCUGACCCACUUCCUGGCAGUGGAGCACAAGGACUGGCUGCAAGAUAUCGGAGGCUGGGAUGGUUUCUGCAAAUACUUUGAUAAAAAGAGGACUCCGCAGGCACAGGAGAGCAGUACCAUCUCCAAUGCUUUAAUGGCAGCAGCUGGCUUUGGCCUUGCCGGAUUAGCCUUCAUCAUGGCUGUACGAUGAAGCCGAACUAAUGACAAAAUGAACUUUACUAUGGGACUUUUAUCCAUGAGCAGCUGUAAAUGACAGACACAUCAAGUGGAAAGUUGCUUUAGAACACUGCCAAAUUUCUUGUAAUAAUGACAAUGUGUUCUUUUAUUAAACAAAAACAGAAUUCAUGGUUCUAAAAAGAAACAAUGAACUGCUUUUCUAGUUUAAUAUCAAACACAACAGACAGAUGAGUUUCCUUGAUCUGCUUCUGAAAGAGGUACAUCUGUAGGUGGCUCAUAAAUGGCCUCCAGUAGGCUUUUAAGGACAAAGCUGAUCAAACUUGGUUUAGUGUCAAAAAGUUAUUUGAAGGGUAUUUGCCUCAAUGAAGGAAACAGAUGAAGUUUGCUCAAAACCAGUUGCAUCCUCCCAUCACUGAUAUCAUGCUCAGCUGAUAUAAAUGCCAGGUUUUGGCAGAGAGCAUGUUGGUUUGGAGAGGAAGAGGAGGAGCAUAUGAAAGUUAACAUGAUUGAGUGCUUUCUAACAAUGAACACCAACAGCUGGAGAGAUUAUUGUUAUUGAGUUAUUUAAUAUCCUAAAUUAUUUAUUCUUGUCCUGAUUUUUUCAUAGCCAAUAGGAAAUGGAAAAUAUGUACAAUUCUAACAUACAUAGCCUUUUCCAUUGGGACACAAUACAAGUGCAUUCAAUAAUAAAAGGCCAGCUCUUUCUUUUAAAUCUUACUCUGUCUAAAAGUUAGACAUAAAUCAAUGUGUUCGCCCUUUAAUUCAGUCCUCUGUUUUAGUUUGCUCCUAAGCAUGAUUUUGUGGGAAUAACAGAAGGAACAUUUGCAUCUCAACCUCAUUUUAUUUGAUUUUUUUCAUUGAAGUAUUUCCAGUGUCUGUAUCACUUAUCCUACCAACAAGGCACUGCUGUUGCACAUUCACUACCCUUUUCCUUUGCAGUCAUUAUAGAAAUGCCCAUGUGCUGGGUAUCUAAGCAGACUCUGACUUAAAUGUGAACAAGUGGAUGUUUUUGAGAAAUGUUACCACUGUUCACUUGUAUUCAAAAUGAUUAUAUAAGUACACUAUGCAUUGACAAAAAAGUAUUUAUACGUAGCGGCACACCAUAGAGGUCUGGCAUUUCUAUUGGUAAGCAUUUGAAAUAUUUAGUUUUUUUUUCUCAAAUGAAGUAAUAUAUUUACAAUGUUUUGCUUUUUUUGUUUGAUUUAAAAUAUAUAUCUGGUCAUAAAUUGUC